CCAGUCAGUCAGAGUUGCACAGGACCUAGCCUCAGUGCUCGACAUGGACAUGCCCGCUAAACUCGUGUUCCCCAUCGUGGUGAUCUCCGUGCUGGUGGCUUGCAGUCCGACGGAGGCGUGGUACAAGCAGAUGGCCGGUCCGAGCUACUACUCAGUGGGCAGGGCGUCCGGGUUGCUGUCCGGAAUCCGGAGGUCACCGUACAUCAGGAGAGCCGAGCCGCAGCCGUCAGACGGCGAAGAACUGGCGACUAACAGCGUGUUUCCUGAGUUCACUGCGCAGAGUUACAUCCUGAAGACGAUGCCCGUUUGCAUCAAAGACAUCACACCAAACCUGCAGAGCUGUGAACUCUUCCAGGCAACGAAGGGUUCAUUUAAGUGCAAAGCGGACAUCUUCCUCACUCUGGACUCCGCAGACUGUGCAGCAGACUGAGCAGUGAAGCCGACAGCCGGGCUGGAUGAUGAAGCCUACUUCUUGAAAGCGUGCCAUUUUUAAUGACUGUACAUUUCUCAGACUUCAACCUCAAUGUUAAUGUUGCACUAGAUGGAAGAUAUGAUACUUUUCAUUUACCAUUU